AUGCUUUUAGGAACACCUUUUCUGGAGACGUCCUCGGCCGCAGAAUAUGCGUUGGCUCGACUGGACGACGUGAUGAAUAUGGUUCAACGUACAUCUAUCUGGCCACUCACUUUCGGUCUAGCUUGCUGUGCCAUUGAAAUGAUGCACUUUGCUGCUCCUCGUUAUGAUAUGGAUCGUUAUGGAGUGGUUUUUCGUGCCUCACCGAGACAGACUGACCUCAUUUUCGUUGCUGGAACGGUAACGAAUAAGAUGGCGCCAGCAUUGCGAAGAGUUUACGAUCAAAUGCCUGAAGCUAAGUGA